AUUUUGGGGGGAAUUUUUACGAUAUAGCCAAUUUCGACUUUGUCGUUGUAUUAACUAGUGGAAACCUUUUCACCACUAGUGGGUGUAUAAUAAAGGAGUACAACACGAGGGGCACGCAAGCAACCGCGCGCUACGAGCCGGGCACGUUUUCUGCUCUCUGAAUCACCAGCGCUGUUCCUGCGCUCACAGUCACACACUACAAGCUUUCCAUAGUUACCAAGAUAUUUUCUAGAUUGAACGUAAUUGAGUAGGCUAUGAAACUGGUUAAUUUUUUUUAUAACUCAGGGUAAAGGGGGAGUUUUCCCAUUUACCGUGGUUCCGCUUUACCUCCGUGUUUUCAACGAGCUUUUAUUUCCUUCAUAUUUGAUCGCCCAUCAGUGUAAUGAUCUGGCUUUUUGCUCGUGUCGUUUCCACUUCAGCAUGGGAACUGCAGUGUCCAAAAGGAAGACUUUAAGGAACGAUGCAAUAUCUUCUGUGACCGCAAAAGUUAGAGCAGCCAGAGCUUUUGGAGAUUAUCUGUCUCACACACACCCUGAGAACCGUGCCGGCUCAGAUCACCUGCUGUCUGAUACCUUUAUCGGCCAAGACACAGACUCCCCUGACCUCAGUCGUCUCCACAACAACCUGCACCCUCAGAAUCAGCCCCAGGCCCACAGUCUCCAGUCACAGCCCAGCACCCUGCAUCCCCAGUCCAGCUGUCUCCAUCUCCAUCCCCAGCCCAGCACCCUGCAGCCAGAUAGUUUGCAGUCCACAGGACCGUCCAAGCACAGGCUCUCAGCAGGGCUCUCAGCGGAGCUCUCAGCAGGGCUCUCAGCAGGGCUCUCAGCGGAGCGCAGCUUCUCCUUUGAGCAGCAGCCUCCUCCCAGGUCCACUGAGGGAAGUCUGACGGGCCUGAAGCCAGCUGCCCAGCGGGUCUACACCAUCACCAGGGAGGGAGGCAUGCUAGGGGGCCAAGGCAGCGAGGAGAGCCUGGAGCUGGAGGUGCUGAAGCAGCCCCUGUCCCCUCCUCCCUCCUCCAACCAGCCCUCGUACUCCAAUCCACAACCACCAGGCAGCAAAUACCAACACGGCGGCGGUGGUGGUGGCAACCAUCACCGUGGCAACCAUAACCAUGGCCCACAGAACCACAGGUCCCAGUCCCAGCCCCUGCAGAGCUCGGGGAGCGCCCAUAACAUCCGGGACUGGGGGGUGCGGAGGGGGGGCUCGCGGGAGGACUGCACCCCAGAGUCUGUGACCUGCAUCAGGGCCCCAUGUCAGAGCCAGCGCUCCCUGGAUCUGGAGACGUCCCCGCAAGACGGAGGCAAACAAAGGAAGAAGCUGGAGAGGAUGUACAGCGAGGACCGAGACAGAGACAGACAAGGCUCUGCUGAGGAGAGAGAGGACAACCCUAAUAGCUGGUUCCCCAAAGAGAAUAUGUUCAGCUUCCAGACGGCAACCACAACAAUGCAGGCUAUAUCGGCAUUCCGGUGCAUUGCUGAGAGAAAGAGGAGGAAACGAGAACAGGAGGCAACCUCUACUAUAACAGAGACUGAGAGGAACUUCCGGAAGCACCUGAGAAUGGUGGGCAGCCGCAGAAUGAAGGCUCAGAGUGAGUUCCCCACAUAUGCCGACCGCCGAGCCAAGAGUUUCAACCGCUCCUGGAGUGACCCCACCCCUAUGAAGCCAGACUCUCUCCAUGGCUCCAGAGACAAUGGGGACCUGCAGUCCUCGUCAGGGGCUCUAGAUGAAGGGUCACAGGAGGAUGCGGACUGGGAGGAGGAGAGAGAGCUGGAGAGAGCAGCCUGCGAGGGAGAGGACUUCACCCCCCCCAAAAUCAUACUGAUAUCCUCUAAGGUCCCGAAGGCUGAAUAUGUCCCUAACAUCAUCCGUCGGGACGACCCCUCGGUCAUCCCCAUCCUUUAUGAUCAUGAACAUGCCACAUUCGAUGACAUCAUUGAGGAGAUAGAGAAGAAGCUGACGGCCUACAGGAAAGGCUGUAAGAUCUGGAACAUGCUCAUCUUCUGUCAGGGAGGUCCGGGGCAUCUGUACCUGCUCAAGAACAAAGUGGCCACGUUUGCCAAGGUGGAGAAGGAGGAGGACAUGAUCCAGUUCUGGAAGAAGUUGAGUCGGUUCAUGAGCAAACUAAACCCCGAGGCCAACCUCAUUCACAUAAUGGGCUGCUAUGUUCUGGGGAGCGCCAAUGGAGAAAAACUAAUCCAGAAUCUGAAGCAGCUAAUGAGACCUCAUGCCAUCGAAUUCAAGUCCCCACUAGAGCUGUCUGCGCAGGGCAAGGAGAUGAUCGAGAUGUACUUUGACUUCCGUCUCUUCCGCCUGUGGAAAACCCGCCAGCACUCCAAGCUGCUUGACUAUGACAACCUUUUGUGACCUUGCUCACCUUUCACCUUUGUCAGCCUACUGGCUGUGUAUCUCAUCACCGAUAGCCUACAGUGACGGCUUUCCUUGAGAGGUCCUGGACGGGAGCGCUCUGUAGAAGAGGUGCAACAGGAAGACGGGGUUCAGGUGGUUUUACUCACCGAGGAGGCUUCAAUCCUCAGCUCUCGGAUGAAUUGAAGGCACUAAGUGAAUUCCAGUAGCAGCUACUGUCAAGAGGUGAACUGUAUAUUUCCCCCCCAUCCAUUUUCACCGCCUCAACUAAUGCCUCUACUGAGAGAGAACCAGAGAGUGAAGGUAGAAGAGAGGAGUGGAUAGAUCAUCCUUUAGUCUCAAGAGACACAUAGAGUUAGAUUUUAUGCUCAGGAGCCCAGAAAGUCUUCUUGGAAAGAGAGAAAGAGAGAGAGUGAGAUGCAGCACCUGCAGGGAAAAUAAAGACUCUUUGUGAAAGGGGAGAAGAGAUGGCGACAGAUUUCCUCCUUUGUCUACCUGUCAGCUGUGUGAACUCAGAUUAAAGCUAUUUUUUUCCCGGAAGUACGUAGAUCUCCCUAAGGAGCUAAAUGUAUUUAUAAAGUGCUUUGGUGGUUUUCGGAGCUUUAGAGAAUAUAUUUCCGUUAUCUAUACAUGUACCACAAAUAGAUAAGAUAGUACUAAAUUAGUCUUACCAAUAAUUCAAAGUAUCUAUAUAUCGUAUAAAACAGCAUUUAUUUUGAACUUAUUGUGUUAGUAUUUCUUAUGAACUGUUUGUCUUGAAUAACUCAGGGUUACUGCUAUCCCUCGUAUGAUAAUUGCCGUCACCUCAUGUACCGUCAUAACGUAACGGAAUAGGACGGAGAUGUCUGUCGACUAGUUUCGAUCCUCUCCGCUCAGUGGUUGUCAGGGAAACCAUUUCUGUGUCUCUGAGCACCUGUGCGUGUUUGUGUGUGAACGAGGCAGUUUUUUUUUUGUUGUUUCUUCAUAAACUAGGUCAAUUGUAGCUUAUUGCUCAUUACGCAUGCAACAGUGACACCGUACCAGAGCCCUUCCACAUUUAUGUUUUACCCUGCUGAACUACGGACACAGACGUUUCUUUCUUGUAGUGUUCAGUUCACUCCCAGGGAAUGAUACCCUGUUGCUGUGAGCGUUCUGUCUUACUGUGUGUGUCUGCAUUGCAUUGCUAACUGUGCAUCACUUAAUACUGCCAUGAGGUUUAUGGAACGUGGACUAGGCCUAGAUGACUUGUGUCACACUGCUUAUGGUCAUCUCCCUCUCUUUAUAUCUACAGUAUAUUUACUUGUAUUUAACUAGUAUUGGUGCUAGUUAGUCUAGUUACUCUCUGCACUGCCUGUGUUUUUCUUCGUUCUUGUUCGAACCAAAAUCACAGUAUUCUUGUCAUGUCAUUCUUAUGGCAUUUACUUUCUGUGUAUUGUGCUAUUGACUUUUAACAAAUGGGCUUUCUGUCUUGCCCAUGUGAUAUUGUGCAACACUCAGUAGUGGUACAGUACACCUCAAACACACGCGGAGCAGUUCUGUGAAGGAGCGGGUCAUGAUAUUGAGAUUGGUUUCCAACUUUUGCUCGUGCUCAAAAGUGGCAAAAUAACAUCAUUUACGGAUGCUUUUCGCAUUCUCCCCUUAAACUGUUCCACCAGAGCUAAUAAGUUAACGUGUGUGUAGCUCCUCGGCUCGUGUGUGUGGGUGAUUUGUGUGUUUCUCAGAAUCCUAGCCUGAUGGGGCACUGCAGGGGUACUGAACUGUGAGGAGUCUUCAUUAUCAGUGUUCUCUCUUAGCUGGGGGGGGGGGGAGUGGGAUGAUAAUACACAUCUUUAUGCAUCCAUGUGGACAUACUCACCACAGAGAGACAAAAGAGAGAGGCCAUUUUCUUUAAAUUCCGUAAGAUUUGCUAUUAUUCAGCAACGUUGGUACAGAGGGCACACGCCUAACAAUUCUUUGUUGACCUUCCUAGAAGGAGGCAGGCACUCCAUGUAUUUUACUCACUUGUAGUUGUUCUACAUUUAACUCUUUCUCACUAACAUGGGAGUAUUACUGUACAUGCGUUAUAUUGAUGUGCAAUCAACAUUCAGUUUGUGCCACAUGGGUAUUGUAUCUCUCCCCCCACUCCUCUGUUUAAUGUGUACCUUUACAAAACUGUUAACCAAGGAUACAAGCCCUCUAUCCUGUAGCAAUAGACUUUGUAACAUUUCCUGCACUGUUAUUAGAAAAUAUGCGUUUGCCUUGUUUUGGUCCCAAUGCACAGCAAUCUCCAACAUUACUGACAUUGAUACGGAAGCAGAGACAGAGGGAGAGAGAGCACGAGAGAAAAGAGAGAGGGGGAGAGAGAAAGAGCACGACUGCACACGUUGAUAUGUGAGGUUCAGUGUUUAUAGCAGAUGAGGAUGUGUGUAUCUUGCUACUCAGAAAGUAGCCUGCUGUAUGUGUGGUCUUGUACAUCCCACAGUUACUGGCCUUCCACUUCCUCUUCUCAGAGCCUCACUGCUGCCUGUCUCAAAAGCUAACCCCGGGGAGGGAUUAGGGCCUAGAUUUAAUGCGGAAGAUCUGCGCAAUAGCACAAUUUUACAUUUAAAAGACAAUGUUCCUGUGUUCGCAGAGACUACAUUCACGGUACACACUGCAUAUGUCCGGCUCGAUCGGGAAUUUCCCAACGCGGCUCUUCCUCGAUAUGGAUUGAAUCUAGCCCUAGGUGUUGGAGCACAAAGACAUGAAUUGUAACUGUAUUAAAACACAUCAAAUUAGCCACAUCUAUCUGUCUUUGCGUGGUCUGUUUUAAUGCAAAUUAGCUCUAAAAACGGAAAUGGGAAAACAGUGAAUUAAGUGAAGGGAAUUAAUUGAGCCCAGUGAAAUACAGUGAAUUCAAAAAUGUUGUAUGAAUCAUUGAUGUAUGGUUCUGCUUUAAAAUAUGUUUAUGACCCAGGGGUUAGGCCAGUGGACAGAGAACCAUCCUUUAAAUACCAUGGAGAUAGGAAUAUUUAUUAUCUGGUAUUUGAGGAUGAUUUCAAACCAUUGUGCCAGCAGAGGAGGAAGUGGCGGAGCAAAUGUAGUGCACUAUAUAGGGAAUAGGAUGCAAUUUGGGAUGCACGCGUAAGAAGAGUAGUACACGAGGGAUAUGGCAAUCUUUCUUGGAUAGUUGACAAGCAUGGAUAGACAUUAAAACUUUGAGAUUGCAAAAGAGAGACGUGUAAAUGAGAAGUCGGUCUGGCCCAUAUUUAGAUGAGCGCUAGGGGCUUUGUCCCAAAUAGCUCCCUAUUUCCUAUUUAGUGCACUACUAUUGACCAGGACUCUGCUCAAAAGUAGUGCACUUUCUAUAGUGAAUGCAGUGACUGUAAUGUAUUAGACUGAAGGCAGAAUCAGCGAAGCGGGCGCUGACUGCUCGUCGUGGUUUGACUUAUCAUCCUGGCCAACGAAGCAGCCAUUUCCAUUUCUGUGAGUAGAAAUAUAAUUGCACAAACCAAGACAUCCAUCUCGCACGCUCUAUUAAUUCAAACCUUCUGUCAUCACCAAUGAGUAAAUUAGACAUUUCCAUGAACUUUCAUCCUAUUUUUAAUGUAUGAGUUUCUCCCCCGUUGACUGCGUCCACUUUUUAUCAAGAUAUAUUGUAUAUCUCCCAAAUGACACCAUGUUCCCUGUAUAUAGCACUACGUUUGACCAGAACCCUAUGGGGAAAGGGUGGAAUUUUGGACUCGGCCAUUGCCUAGUUCUCUGCUCUGUAUGCUCUGUGUUGGGGAUGCUGAUUGAGUUAUGAUGAUUGAUUGAUGCAGCUCUGACGCCUCAUGUUGGGAAGUGAUUGUAUUUUGGGACGAGGGGGAGCGCACACAGAUCUCAUAUUGUGUAACCUCGGUCUUAACUUUUCACAAAGUCAUGUCUGGACCAGGGCGUUGCAUUUUCAGUAGAUUUCUUUAGGAAGAUUUACAUAGCAUACUACAAUAGAAAGGGAGAUUUUAGAAGUGACGGCUGUCACUAAUGUAAUUCUUUAGUCAGGUUGAAUAUCCAAAUGUCUUGAUAAAAGUAUUGUUUAAAAUGCUAAUUAUGAUAGUGAUAAGGUUUUAUGUCUCUGGUGAUUUUAAUACUAGGAGAUACUAAAGAAAAUAGACUGGAGUAGUGUACCUUUACUUAGAAUAGCCAUAUAUCUUGAGAAUUGACAUUUAAUUGACAUUUUAAACUUGCUGUAACUGAACUAAUAUCACGAGCAGUACAGUAUGUUUCGCACUGUACAAUAUUGGUACUAACCAGUGGAAAAUGUUUUUAAAGUGUUAUUUUUCUUUUCAGUAAAAAAUGUAUCCAGUUCUAACCAA